AUGGCGAUGGCGGAGGGCGAGCGGACUGAGUGUGCUGAGCCCCCCCGGGACGAGCCCCCGGCUGAUGGCGCUCUGAAGAGGGCAGAGGAGCUCAAGACGGAGGCCAACGACUACUUCAAAGCCAAGGACUACGAGAACGCCAUCAAAUUCUACAGCCAGGCCAUCGAGCUGAACCCCAGCAAUGCCAUCUACUAUGGCAACCGCAGCCUGGCCUACCUGCGCACCGAGUGCUACGGCUACGCGCUGGCCGACGCCACGCGGGCCAUCGAGAUGGACAAGAAGUACAUCAAGGGCUACUACCGCCGGGCCGCCAGCAACAUGGCGCUGGGCAAGUUCCGGGCCGCCCUGCGCGACUACGAGACGGUGGUGAAGGUGAAGCCCCACGACAAGGAUGCCAAGAUGAAGUACCAGGAGUGCAACAAGAUUGUGAAGCAGAAGGCCUUCGAGCGGGCCAUCGCAGGCGACGAGCACAAGCGCUCCGUCGUGGACUCGCUUGACAUCGAGAGCAUGACCAUCGAGGAUGAGUACAGUGGGCCCAAGCUGGAGGACGGCAGGGUGACAAUCGCCUUCAUGAAGGAGCUCAUGCAGUGGUACAAGGACCAGAAGAAGCUGCACCGGAAGUGCGCCUACCAGAUUCUAGUACAGGUCAAAGAGGUCCUCUCCAAGCUGAGCACGCUCGUGGAGACCACGCUCAAAGAGACAGAGAAGAUUACAGUGUGCGGGGACACCCACGGCCAGUUCUAUGACCUCCUCAACAUAUUUGAGCUCAACGGUUUACCCUCGGAGACCAACCCCUACAUAUUUAAUGGCGACUUUGUGGACCGUGGCUCCUUCUCCGUAGAAGUGAUCCUCACCCUUUUUGGCUUUAAGCUCCUGUACCCAGAUCACUUUCACUUACUUCGAGGCAACCAUGAGACGGACAACAUGAACCAGAUCUAUGGCUUCGAGGGGGAGGUGAAGGCCAAGUACACAGCCCAGAUGUACGAGCUCUUCAGUGAGGUGUUCGAGUGGCUCCCGCUGGCCCAGUGCAUCAACGGCAAAGUGCUGAUCAUGCACGGGGGCUUGUUCAGUGAAGACGGCGUCACCCUGGACGACAUCAGGAAGAUUGAGCGGAGUCGGCAGCCCCCAGAUUCAGGUCCCAUGUGCGACCUGCUCUGGUCAGACCCGCAGCCUCAGAAUGGGCGCUCAGUCAGUAAGCGGGGCGUGAGCUGCCAGUUCGGGCCGGACGUCACCAAGGCCUUCCUGGAGGAGAACAAGCUGGACUACAUCAUCCGCAGCCACGAGGUCAAGGCUGAGGGCUAUGAGGUGGCGCACGGCGGCCGCUGCGUCACUGUCUUCUCUGCCCCCAACUAUUGCGACCAGAUGGGGAACAAAGCCGCUUACAUCCACCUCCGGGGCUCCGACCUGCGGCCCCAGUUCCACCAGUUCACAGCAGUGCCUCACCCCGACGUCAAGCCCAUGGCCUACGCCAGCACGCUGCUGCAGUUAGGGAUGAUGUGA